CAUUGGGCUCUCCUCCUGCAGUCUAACAGUCCUGGUUCAUGGAUUUUUAUCAACACAAUCUGACCUAAUAAGAAGACUGGGAUUGAAAGGAGAAGGGGGACUGAAAGCUACACUGUAUCCAGAGCCAGCCUGGAAGGGAAAAGUAAAACUGUCUCAAUCAUUGGAGAAGUUGCCUGGGACCUAUCACAACAUGGUCUCCAUCUCCAAACAGAAAUCCUAAAGGGACUAAAAAUAUUGGACAUCAAAUAUAUUGGACCGUAUAUCAUCAAUAGAUCGCGCUUGUUUUUGGAGUUUAGAAAAUGAAGGUUUAUUUCUUCGUCGGGGCAUUUUUUACCAUCAUUCUGCACUCGAGGAUAUGCCAAGGCAUCAAAUGGUUAGCUUUGUCCAAGACUCCACUCUCCCUGCCCUUGAAUCAGACCCAGCACUGCAAACAGCUGGAAGGCCUGGUCUCCUCACAAAUGCAGCUGUGUCGUAGCAACUUGGAACUGAUGCAAACCAUCAUACAGGCAGCGAAGGAGGUGAAGAAAAUGUGUAUAAAGACAUUCUCUGACAUGAGAUGGAAUUGCUCCACCAUAGAACUGGCACCGAACUUUCAGCAGGAUUUGGAAAGAGGAACAAGAGAGUCUGCAUUCGUAUAUGCCCUGUCUGCUGCCACAAUCAGUCACACCAUUGCGAGGGCAUGCACUACAGGGGACAUACCGGGCUGCUCCUGUGGUCCUAUCCCCGGGGAACCACCAAGUCCUGGUUAUCGAUGGGGAGGAUGUGCUGACAACCUCAACUAUGGUGUCCUUAUGGGGUCCAAAUUCUCAGACGCCCCGAUGAAGAUGAAAAAGUCAGGCUCCCAAGCAAACAAGCUUAUGCACCUGCACAACAGCGAGGUUGGGAGGCAGGUGCUGAAAGCCUCCCUUGAGAUGAAGUGUAAGUGCCACGGAGUGUCUGGUUCAUGCUCUAUAAAGACCUGUUGGAGAGGACUUCUGGAGCUAAGAGAGAUCUCCUUAGAUCUGAAAACAAAGUACCUUUCAGCAACAAAGGUGGUUCAUCGGCCAAUGGGUACUCGAAAACAACUCGUACCAAAAGACAUUGACAUACGGCCAGUGCAAGAAACGGAACUUAUAUACCUACAAAGCUCUCCGGAUUUUUGUUUAAAGAAUGAAAAGUUGGGAUCUCCUGGAACCCAAGACAGACAAUGCAAUAAAACAUCGAAUGGAAGCGACAGUUGUGAUUUAAUGUGCUGUGGUCGAGGAUACAACCCAUACAUGGACAAAGUAGUUGAAAGAUGUCACUGCAAGUACCACUGGUGUUGCUAUGUAACUUGUAAAAAAUGUGAACGGACUGUUGAAAGGUAUGUGUGCAAGUGAAACAACUUGUACUGCCCUAUCUCCAAGCACAAGACUUCACAAAACCAAAGCACUAUCCGUAACAGAAAAGACCUUCUAAUCUUCUCCUUGGCCAACUUGCAAGGAUAUUAACGUGAAACAAAAUGCGGGCCAUAUGAGGUUAAAAAAUUAGGAGAAGGAAGAGAAUAGAUGGGUGUCAUGAUACAUUUUUAUCCAUCAUGUUAUGAGCAAGGACUUUGGUUGUUUGGAAAAGAAUACCCACUGACUCUUGACUGGUAAAAGAAAUCUACAGAUCUCGUAAAGACUUAUUUACAACUGCCCAUGUCCAGUAUGAUUACAAAAAGAAGACAAUGGCAUGACCCACUGCUGUUUAACAGGAAACAUUUUAGCCUUAAUAUAACCGAGAAUGCUAUUCACACCAGCUAAGGAAGAAGCUCAAUUUGAAACUGGAGAUGUCCUGGAGUUAACUUCAACGAGAGAGAGUGUAGGAGAGAGAGAGAGAAAAAAAAUUAGCUGUGAUGAAAGACAAUGUGCAAUCAGCCCCAUUCACCCAUUAUUGGAUGAUCGUUUACAGCCUUAGGAAUUCCAAACUACGCAGAACACUUUUGUCAAUAGUCAAAGUUCCGAGCAUCUCAAAUGAUUCUCCUGACAACAGUGUAGUCCCACUGUCGGCGGAUGUACAAAUUUUCUUUUGUAUGCAGAUAACAUGCAGAGAUAUUUAUAAAUAUAGCAUUUGCUUUUUUUUUUUCUUUAUUCUACCUUUUUAUAUAUAAAUGUAAGUAUGCAGCAUAACGUUUGUAUGAAAUAAAUGCUAAAGCUAAAGGUAAAUAUAAAAUUGGUUUCUACGAUAUAUUUUUAUAUUAAUUUUGUAUAAUAUUUUAUGAGAAGCCUGUGAAUAUUUA